GUACAAAUUCACAUUAUUCGUAUGUAAAAAAAUUUACGCGAGAUAACGAACUGUUUGAAAAGAGAUUGCAAAAAACUUUGGAGCAGAGGUGAACAUAAUAUAUAAUAUAAUACUACAGAGGUGACAAUAAUAAAUGUAAAAUGACAAGAAGUGAUUGCUUAUAAACAAGUGGUCCGUCCAUAAGAAAUCUUUCAUUUAUUAGUUCAUAGUUGGACUCAUAAACAAUUUUCUCUGAGGGCUAAUGUACUUUGUUUUAUUGCAAUUUAUUUUCGUUUUAUUAAGUUGUAUGGUAUUUAGUAAAAUCAAAAGUUUCAAAAAAUAUGAUUGACUUUAAAGUGGUUAAUACAAAACCGGUUGAAUCAAAACUGGUGGCUUUAAGAUUAAACUUUAUCGAUAUAUAAUUAAAAAUAUAGUACUGUGAUAAUUUCAAGAAGUGCAUAUUUUUUUCCAAUCAUUUUUAAAUUUUAAUGAAAUGUAUUAGAGCUGAGAAUAAUUAAGGCUUUUCAUCAUGUUCGAUACCGUACCUAAGUACGCGGUCGGCGGUGGUUCGCCUUUAGUUAAGGCCAAAAGCAGUCCGAAUGUGUCAAAAGCGUCACUAUCACCCACCAAAAAGCAGAAUCAAUCAAACCACACGAUCAGUCCCACAAUCGCUUCGAUCAAAUCGUCCCGUUCUGCAAAGUCGCCGAUAACUUCGAAGAUAUCUAUCAAAAUGACUAGCGACGUGGUCACCAACUCGUCACGUCGUGCCUCUAACAAUACGGAUCCCUCAAAGUCCCGAGUUAUCUCGCCUUCGAAGCUUACGAAACGAUCCCCGAGCGAGACCCGACCGGAUGUGGCAAAAACUGUCUUAUCCCCUGCACGCAACAGCGACAAGAAGAAGGUCUGCAAGUCAGUCAGCUCGUCUCCCUCCUGCACGAUAUUGGAAGACAGAGCGUUGCUAAAGAAGGGUCUCACUUACACGCCGGAUAAGAUGCCGGCGAAGCCUGAGACCCUACAACGAAAGGGCACCCUGGAUCGUUCGGUCAGUUUAAAUUCCGUGUCCACGGACAAUCAAAAUCCCGCGACGUCACCACGAUGGAUUCCAAUGACGUUUGAUAGGAGAUCCGUGGAGAAGGGAAGGAAGACGGAACCGUCGCGAAAAAGUCUGACGCUCAUGAACAGAUCAACCAGUCUAUGGAACGUUCAGACGCCGAAAGUGGAUUACAAUCAAUGCAGGAAGUCUUACGGUGCGCCCGCGAGGCUAAACCCGGUCUCCAGGCCGAGCAAGAUACCGCUUCCUGCGGCUCGAUCUACCGGUCUCGGCCGAUCUCUCGCCGAUCUAUCGCAAGUAGAUCGUGUCGGAGAGCCAGUUGGCCAGAUGAUUAGCUUCGAGCUCGAUCUCGACGCCGUAUCGGACGAGCGUAUCUACGAGAAUUGUCGCGAGACCCUCGACCGUGUCUCGAAGCUGGGUACCUCGAAGAUCUCGACAUCGACGAGUAAUCUGGAAGAGAGAGCCGCGCGAUUAAUGGCACAGCUAGAGAAUGACUUGGAACCCAAAGAGACGAUUGUACCUCUGGCCAUCGUGGAUGUCGCUCCUCCACGUAGAACGGAAGUUGUCUACGAGGAUCGAGAGGCCUUGCAUGAUAGCGGAACUAAUAUAACUAUAGAGAACUUUAACUCUGGAGAUGACAAGAAAGAAAACUCAAGAAUUAACGAAGAUUCGAAAAGGAGGAAGAUGAUGAUUUUGGACAAAAAUACAAAACCGGAAGAAGAUUUAAAAAAAAAGAAUAUAUUGUAAAAGAAUUUAAGUCUGACCGAAUAAAGAACUGCGAAAAGCCGGAAGAAGUUGUUGAAGAGUCGAAGAGAAACAAAG